GACAACUUCUUGGUCACUGACUGGAUUGAACUCCUUCACGCAACAUCUCUCCUCGCGACGAGAGAGAAUACGGCGAUUUUUUACGGAGCGAUUCGCAACACCUGCUUCCGACAGUGCGCCGCCGCUUUUGUUGAAUCUGCAGAGGAUCAUAAAUGUAAUAGGCUUCGUUCGAGAUGGAGGUCUCCGUGGAUUUAAAAUUUGUGCUCAUCAUUAUCGCGCUUCUUGCCUGCAUUCAAGUAACCGAAUCCGUUUUUGGCGAUUACGGAUAUAACCACUUCCAAAUGCGGCCUCCGUCGCUCCCUUUCAACCCCGCAGCUCAGCCGACGAGGGGCGGCUGGAGCAGCGGUCACGACGCAGAGUGGUUGCCACCGCACAACCCUCAUUUUCACCACCAUCACCAUCAUCACGGAGGGGAUUCCAGUGAGGAGGUCGGAGAUGAAGACUUUGACGACUCGUCCUGUCCAGGCGGUUGGAGUGGUGGGGUUAGAUGGCCUUGCGUCCCGGUCAAGGGAUGCACCACCCUGAGGCCCCGAGGCUUCCGAGCCUACUGCGGAUGGAAUGCGGGCGAACCACUGGUUUGCUGCCCGCCAAAGGACAAAGAGGCCAUCCAUGCGGACACGCGUCCCAACACUCCGAAUCGACCCAUUCCUAACCGUCCAUAUAUAACUCCUAAUCGUCCCGUUGCUCCAAACCGUCCCAAUACCCCUAGUUGCACACGUCCAAGCGUCCCCAAGCCGAACAAGGACAAACCAAAUAAUGCUGUUGCAACCAACCCAAGCAAUCAAAAAUGUGGCCAGUUAUUUGCGGACUCGGAAGGUGCCAUUGUUUUCCGCGACAAUUUUGCCCCCGCUCCAGAAUCCAUCAUUGGCGGAGUUCCGCUCAGAACAGCCCAGAGCUCACCCUGGAUGGCUGCAAUCGGUGAGCGCACAAAAAGCGGGAUCGUCUGGUUUUGCGGCGGCUCUUUGAUCGCGGCCCAAUGGGUGAUUACAGCGGCGCACUGCAUCAGUUCCACCAACAGAAAACCUGAGCUGGUCAGAUUGGGCGAGCUCGACUUUUCGCGCAGUGACGAUGCCGCGUCUCCCAAAGACUUCAUGGUUGCUAAUGUGGUACGGCACCCUGAAUUCGAUGCGCCAGUUUAUUACCACGACGUCGCCCUUCUCAAAUUGAGGGAACCGGUCUCUUUCAAUAAGUUCAUUCAACCUGUUUGCCUGCCACCGUCGGGACUGAGGAUAUUGGACGGUGCUAUUGCUACUAUUGCAGGCUGGGGAGAUACAGCGUUUGGCGGCGAGAAGAGCGACGUUCUCCUUGAGGUCGGCGUACAAAUCAUUCCUAAUGAGAGGUGCACAAAAGCCUAUUCGUCAUCGCGCCUCAUGUUCAAUUACCCUCAGGGCAUCACCAGCAACUUGUUGUGCGCCGGUGACACUGAAAAGGGCGGCAAAGACGCAUGCAAGGGCGACUCAGGUGGGCCGCUUGUGAUGCGAGAGGGAAACGUUCACACUUUGAUUGGAGUUGUCUCAACUGGAGUUGGUUGCGGCUCCAGGACGUACCCUGGGUUGUACGUCAGGGUUUCCAAUUAUACAGAAUGGAUUCUUAAUGUGAUUAGAUGAGACCUGAGGAAAAUGUACAAUAUCUGACUAAUAGUAAUAAAUUAUUAUUUCAAAAGCAUGAA